GACAUUCCCAGGCUGGGGAGCAGCGCGAUAGAGGAGGACUGUUCGCACGCAGUGCGCUCUGGAGGAGGGAGAGAAGGGAGGUAAUGGAGGCUGCUUGAAGAAAGACUUGUUUGUGUUUCGGCUGUUCUUGGUGGUGGUGUUGUUGUUUUUGCGGAAUAUGAGAGAUGGCAAAUGCAGGCAAACAGCUGAGGACGAUGUAGAAAUUCCCGACUGAAGUCAUGGGCUCGGAGGCGAUGGAGGACUGUGUGCAGGGGGCGCUCGCAUCGCUCUACCCUCCUUUUGAGAGCACAGCACCACCCCUCCUCUCACAGGUCUUUUCCGUCCUGGAGUCGACCUAUCAGCACGACAGUCUCCGCUACCUCCUGGACUACUUCGUUCCCGCCAAGCACCUCCUGCACAAACUCCAGCAGCACGCCUGCUCUCAGUACCUGGGCUGCUUGUUCCUUCACUCCGGCUGGCCUCUGUGUUUAGGAGAGAAAGUGGUCGUACAGCUCUCCACCCUGGACUGGAGGAUCCUGCGCAGUUAUGACUUCUACCUGCAGGUGGUGCCCUUCUCUACGCGCUGCCCCCGGCUGGCCCUAAAAUGUUUGGCCCCCGGGGGACGCACCGUUCAGGAAAUCCUGGUACCCGAGUCCCAGCACCCGCUUGUGUUCACCACCGAGUGGCUGCACAGCGUGAACAAGGAACGAGGCCAUAAGAGAGAACUUGGAGGAGGACUGGACACCUGCCUGGUCAGUACAUGUGACGGUGUGAUUCGAAUUCCGUGGAAGGAGGUUGUCUAUCCAAAAUUCAUCCACGACCCUUCUGAGGAGCUGGGCCAGAUGUCCAACCACGAGGGCAGCAAGUCCAAUCGCCAGCCCAGUGAGGGGGGCAGCAGCCUCGGGGGCUGGGGGGGCUCAUCCUCGGGAGAACUGGACUCCUGGUCCUGGGAUGAGGAGGAAGACGAUGGUUUACCACCAGAUAGAUCGGAUUCUGAGCCUGCGCUUCUACGGAGAAGGCGCAGCGAAGAUGGGCUUGGGCGGACGGCGAGGCACCCUCAGCUGGACGGGGACUAUGUGGAGCUGUUGGAGCCCAGAGUGGGUCCCGAUGGAGGGGUUGACACGAGGCCAAGGUACCUGGAGAUGCAUGGAAUUUGUAAGACCAAGACGUUGCCCCUGUGCAGGAGGGGCAAAGCCAUAAAACUCCGGAAGGGCAGGGCUUGGGGAUAUGGGAGACUGGAAGGGUCAGGAAGCUUUCGAGCUGUCCUCGGUGCCAAAAGAGACGUUGUUACCCCAAAAGGUGACAUUUUACCACAAAGGCCUCCACGCCCAGUCCCUGACCGUGAGAAAGGGAGGCGGUCUUACUCCUCUUCUGUCCACGACUCUGAUGAGGGAGAUAAAACCAGCAGAGACUCUGAGGGUCUGGAGAGCCACCGGCCUUAUUUUGAUAGCCUGUUCAAAGAGAGAAGGCCCGGCGUGGGCAAGGAGAGAGAAAGCAGCAGCCUCACACUGCCGUGCAGAGACGACCACAUGGGUAAAGACUCGGAGAGCGCCGAUAGUUCUGUACAUGACUCGAGGAACCUCAAAGUCGGGCAUGUCAUAGAGGGCCACUCAGAUCACGGAUCAGACUCCGUUUUUGAGGAGGCAGAAAAACCACUGAAUGAAGACAGUGAUGCUACGACCCCAACAUCAGAUGCACCAAAGAGACCAUUUACCGGGGUUUUGGUAAGUGGAGAAAAUACCAACGUUGAAAAUAAAAUGAAGAAUUCGUCCAACCCAAAGGCGAACGAGGGAAGGGAUGACGGAAAGACAGAGGACAGAGCUUGUCCCAGAGGAAAGGAAGUUAAAACUGGAUUCCGAGUGCCAAGGAGGAAAAGGAAGGGAAAGGGGGCCAAAGGCAGGGCUAGGUCUGGUGGUCGAAUACACCAAAAGGGAUCCAAACUGCAAGGUAAAACUGCACAACCAAUUCCCACGACCUGCUCUGCCUUGCCGAAGCUACCAAUCACAGAGGAGGACCAAUCGAAGCCAAGGAAACAGGUAGACGAACCCGACGGAGUGCCGGCUUCAACACAUCAGGGGACAGAGGACACAAGGAAAAGCAGUGCAGAGAAAGGAGCCACAUCUUUAUCUGUCUGCAAUGGCCAAUCAGGCACAUCUAUACUUAACCACUCUAAUGAGGAGGGAGGGUCAGGCCAACUAAAUGGUGUUACAUCGAAAGAGCCUCCGCUGCUGAGGGAACUGGACACAGAGCUCCUACAGUCCGGGAAGCUAAAGUUGACAGGGACCGUGGACAGGCUGGGACGCGCUCUGGUGGUCACAGAGACGGAUGCAACAGAGGAGGGCGUCUCUGAGGAGCAGAUGGCCCGGGUCUUGGCCUGCUACCACAGAAUAACUCGGCCUUCGGCUAAAGAAAAAGGUCUCACGGUGCUAAUGGACAGCAGGCGCGCUCCGCCCUCCACCCUCCUUCUCUCUGCCCUUAAAUCAUUCCAGGUGUCGGUACCGGGCGGUCUGGGAUCCGUUCUGGUUUUGUUGGGAGAGCAGCAGGAGUCCCUUUCUCAUGACGUGGAAGGAGCCGAGGUCCACGUGGUGCGAGGAACAGCUGUCCUUCAGCAACACGUUGACAAGCAGCAGCUUCCCCAGGAGAUGGACGGAGACUUUGCCCACUGCCACUCGGACUGGCUGGCCUUCAGACUAAGCCUGGAGAGUCUGACGGAGCACUGCGAGAGCGCCGUGGCGCUCCUCGGAGAAGCCCUGCGCUCCAUGGACACCGAGCCCAUGCCGGACGACAUCAAGGCCGUCCCCCUGAGCAUCGACAGGCACGGGCAGCUCAUGGCAAACGUCCUGGCAGACCCGCGCCUGACGGAGCCACAGCAAAGGGGCGGGGCGUGGCUCGCGGGGCUGACCAAUAGCGCAACUGGACUGGCGCAGAAGUCCCCAGACUGCAGAGCUGCUCUCGCCGCGACCUCUGAACUCUAUGACAGCGUGGACGACGCCCUCCACCGUCUCGUCCGGGGGUCCAACCAGAGGGGUCGCGACCUGGAAGCUCUGGGACGACUGGCCGGGCUGGUGGGCACGCUGGAGAAGUGUGAUAAGGAGAUUGACCAAGUCCAGUCCCAGCUGGAGGACUACAAGGACCCUCCUCUGUCCCUCAGCAGACUCUCGCUCAAGCAACAGAAGUUCAAAACCUUCAGAGAAACGGCCAAUGAGCUGCACAGCGAGACCCUGUCGGUGCUCGGCGAUUUGGAGGGCUGGUGCGAGCUGGACUGGGCGGGCCUGAGCGCCGUCCAGAUCCGACUUCCCCCGGUCAGGGAGAAGCUGCGAGACAUGUCCCACUGUCUGUCCGACUGCUGGACCACCCUGGACAACACGCAGAGGCUGCUGUCCACGCUGACCGAGGCCACCCAGUGGUGCGAGGUGGUCUCCUCCUCGGCCUCCUCUACCUGCCCCCUGGCCUCCCUUCCCCCGAUCCCGCCGUCCCGUUUCCAGGACGCCCGCUCCUUGGCCAUGGAGCUGGGGGGCGGGGCGCUCCUGGACCUCUGGACGCAGACGGUGGAGCGCUACCAGCGGACGGUGGCGCAGGUCAAACCGCGCUUCCUGCAGACGGACAGGGCCCAGAAUCAGGGCCCGGGGAGGCCCAAGACGCCAGCCGCCAGCAGCCUGUGGGACCUGAUGGGUCCCGAGGGACAGGGCGACUGGGGAUUGGGGGCCGCGGGAGGCGACGGGGGGCUCCAGUCCUGGGGGUCGCUGGCGUCGCUCUUCCGACCGCAGACCUGCUCCACGCUGAAGAUAGGCGAGGAGAAGGGGAGUAGGAAGGAGGGAGGAGGGGCGGGAGGUGGAGGGGGCGGAGCCGGUGGGGGGAAUUUCCUGCAGAACCUUCUGAAUCCCGCGAAGAAAAGCCCCACAGAGGCACCGCUCCCCUCGAAGCCGCCCAGGAGGCGCCACCCGAGCUUCGACCUCCAGGCCCUCCUGGGUCCCCGCAGAGCCACGGCCUCCCCCAGGCCCGCCGAGUCCCCGGUGGGCGGGGCCAGCCGCAACUCGCCCAUGUCGUGGCUGGGGAGGCGGGCGGUGGCCGACCCCGUGAUCGCCACCAGCAUGGCCGCGGCCAUCCCUGGAUGGGGAGGAGGAGGAGGAGGAGGAGGGGUGUUAAUUCGGGGGGUGGAAGUCAGCAGCAAAGAGGUGGUGGACCACACAGGGUCGCCGCGGCAACACGUGCUGCUGGGCAGGACGGAGAGGGAGACGGGGACCGAUCGGGCCGGAUCGACCGCACAGAGUAAACUGUACCUGCUCUGGUGCAGGAUGCUGAGCUCCGAGAGGCAGUAUGUGGCCAUCCUGAAGGGGGUGGAGGAGACGUACCUCCCCUUGCUGGAGCUCUCGGACACACCGGCCUCCUUCAGGUGGAAGGCUGACGUCCUCUUCCCCAACUGGGCCGGUCUCAGCGCCUUCCACUCGCAGAACCUUCUGCCGGCCAUGGAGGGCGCUCUCGUGCAGAGCCUGCUGCAACAGGACUGCUUCAGCAAAUACCGGGAGCAGUUCCUGCAGUACUCCCAAUACAUCCGGAACAAACCGGAACUGGACUCUCCGCUGGUCACUCAGGCCGCCGACUUCUUUAAGUCCAAACUGCCCCCGGCCUCCCCCCUCUCCCCCCUGUCCUUCCCUCACUGCCUCCAGGCUCCCACACAGAGACUGGAGCAGUACUGCGAGGCCCUGGAGGAGCUGGGAGGCAUAAACCCCGCCUCCGACUCCGCCCUCUCCAUCCUGAGACACGCUCAGCGCCACGGCGAGGACCUCCGGGCCAGCGACCUCAUCGUGGGAUGUCCGAUCCCGGUGGCGGAGCGCGGCGAGCUGGUGCGUCACGGCGAGCUGAUGGUGUGCGGCGGGACCCGGAGGAAGCGGGCGGGCGCCAGGAACGUUUUCCUCUACCAGCGCGCCGUCGUCUUCGCCAAACACAAGAGCCCCGCGCCGGGACGCUCCGCCUACAGCUACAAGCACAGCAUCAAGACCGGCGAGAUGGGCCUGACCCAGAGCGUGGGCGGCGACGGGCUGAAGUUUGAGGUCUGGGUCCGGCAGCCCCCCCGGACCAGGGACUGCGUCACGCUGCAGGCGAGGGACGCGGAGGACAAGGCGGCGUGGACCCGGGACAUCGCCCACCUGCUGUGGACACACGCCAUCAACAACACCGAGCUGUGCCUGAAGGAGUCGCUGUGCAUGGGCAUCUCCAGCAAGCUGCUGCUGGACGCCACGGGGACGCCGGGCUCCGAGCUGGACUCGGUCUACUCUCUCAACGACCGAGUCCACAGUAGCUGCUCAGACUCCUCCUCUGUCGGCAGUCAGAAGGAGGGGGGAUCCCCGGCGUCUGGAAGGGACCCCAGGAGGAGCUCCGGGUCAACAGGUCACACCCAGAGUCCGUCCCCCUCCACGGCCGUUUAGCCGCCAUCUCAACCGCAAAACUGGAACCCUGGACUUUUUUGGACUUCCGGGACCAAGAAGACAAGAGAACUUGAACUUCUCCCACGCGCUUCCCCCUUUCGCCUCCUAAAAACGAGUGAAAAGCAGCAUUAAGCCACCCGGUUCUGAUAUGAACCCCCAUGGGAAGGAGAAAAAUAAAGCUGCCACCAAACCCCCCCCCCAUCCCCUCCAAAAAAAGAGGAUCAAACUGCCCCGUUCAAACCAUGACAACCACCAGCGGGGCUCUCCGCGCGCCGCCAUCUUGGAUCUGCCGGUCCCAGUUGCUGGCAGAGUCAUUGACACCGAAGGCACUUCAGCCGCACAGAGCUGCCAUUGUUCGCCCCCCCCUCCCCCCACUAGGCCGAACCACUUGGUCUGAACCACUGGCCGAACUGUACGCGUCACGUGCCCCGCCCUCUGAGAACGGACAGGAAGUAACGCGCGAGGGCCGCAGGGUCCUCCGUAAAGGAUCGGAGGAUUUCUCCUUUUCACCACAUUGCCUGUGCAAAAAUGUGUGGCAUUGCCCUCAGUGUGAUUGCAUCUAUGUAAAUGAGGCAGGGGUGGUGUGCGCCCGCACACACACACACACACACACACAACGUGCAGUCGCUCUUAUUGUUGCAGGACAGUGGAGCUCUAUUCACAUCCACAUGCUCGCGAGCCCUGGCCCUUUAGAGCCUGGCACAGCGGCUAAAUCAACAGCAGGAGAGGUUACGUCUGAUCACACACACACACACACACACACACACACACACGCAGUGAGCCCUGACGGCGUCGCGGCCCACUGUUUGUCUAAGCUAAUGGCGUGCUAUUAACAGGACGAAGCGGUAUUUAGGCUUUUCUUUAAAGUGUGACUUGUGUCGGCAACGGCAGCUUCUCGGUGCUCUUGUAAGUAUACGGACAAGGUAUCUGAUGCUAAAAAAAACCUUUUGAUGUAAGCUCCAUGUUGUAAGUGCCAAAAGAUAUAAAAUGGGUGUCUGUGCAAUGUUGGUUGUGUUUGUACAAAGACGCGUUGUUGCAUUCGGUCGGAGCGCUCCAUAAGAUGGAGCGAGGUGGACCGGUUCCCUGCGCUUUAUUCUGGUUUUACUGGUUUUUGUGCAUCGCAGCCAGAAUACAUUGAAGUGCAUUAUUGUCAAAGAGUUCAUUUUAUUUGUUUCAUUGGCCCUGAAAUGUUUCUCUUUUUGAGUUUCAAGUUCACAGUUUGAAAAGUACGAUGUGUUCAAAGACCUAUUUUGAGCUGACCACGAGGUAAAUUAGAAGAUAGCUUAGCAUACAGAUUGGAUACAGCUGUGUGACACAAACUACCAAAGAUCCAGCUAAUCAACUGAAUAUGUCCUUGGUUAAGGCACGAAUAAAGACAGCUGGCGGUAGUGGUAGACUUUUGGGUUUUUUGAUGAGCUUAAUUAGGAGAUGAGAGAAGGCUAGUUUGAGCUAGGCUAACUGGUCCGGCUUGUUCCCAGGCUCUGUGUGCUAAGCUAAGCGACGCGUGCUAAGGCUAGCCACAUGCUAAGGCCCUAGAAAUGAGAGCUGUGUCAUCGUUUCAUCUUUCGGGCUUGGCCUAAGGGGCCCGAAAUGUCAAAACCCGUUCCUGUUGUCAAGAUGUCAUACCUCAGAAGCAACACGCGAUAAAAAUAACUUCCACUCGCAAAACCCCAACUUGACCUUGACCUUUCGGGAGAAACGCGCGUCCUCUGAUCGGAUCAGAGCUGAACACGUAGGGCACGUCAUCCCUGCAACAUCUUUGAUAUGACGACGAGGAGGAUGAUGGUGAUGAAGCAGCCAAAACAAAAAGGUAUCAGGUGAUGUACUUGUGUUCAUUUAGGACAGCGAUCCAUGACGGGAGAGCGUGUGGUUCAGUGUCAAAGGUCAAAUGGAAAUCGGGUGGGGGUGGUUAUCCGAUUCAGCGCGUUUCACACCUGCAUUCCAAUCCAAGCCGUUUCUUAAUCGAUAUGCAAUUUGUUGUGUGGGCGGGGCCCCGUUGGAAGCGACGCAAUGAGCACCAUCGUUCAUUCCUACGGCAGGACGGACCGACACGUGCUGAAUUCCCCACUUUUUGUACGCCGUGGCGAGACGCCAUGGAAACUUCUCCCUCGCUCUGCCUAAUGUUUACAUUUUAUUUUUUUUUGGGGGGGGGGAGGAAUGUGGAGCGUGGAAUGUUGGAAAUGCACGUCAUGCUUACUUGAUGAUUGUACUGUUUGU